CCUGGCUCAGGACUGAUCCCGUGCCACCAGUACCGUCAAGAUCAAGAUCAAGAUAAGCUGGUUGUCGCUGGAACUGACGGCUAAUAAACGAACAUAGUUUUUGUGUGUACAAUUGAAUGACAGCACGUUGUGACGAGCUAGGAGCGAUGAGGUGCACCUGAAAAGUCAGAAAAGUGGAUAAAUCAAGCGCGAGUGAAGUGCAGGUGACAUUGGUCUUGUGCAGUGGGGAGCAAUGGAAGGUGCCAGCGGAGUGGUAACUCUCCUGCCGCUGCUGCUGAGCCUGGCUACGACAUCCUGGGCACAAUUGUUGCACGAUAUUCCAACCAAACCGGCGGCAAGAAUCGCGGUCAUCGGGGGAGGCAUUGGAGGCACUGCUGCGGCCUACUUCCUUCACGACCUCUUUGGGGACGAGGUGCUCAUUGACCUGUAUGAGCCAGAUCACAUUGGUGGGCGCCUGGCAACGCUUAGUGUGGCAGGUCAAGAGUAUGAGGCUGGAGGCUCUGUCAUCCACCCAGCCAACCAGUACAUGAAAAAUUUUGCUGCACAGUUUGGUCUCUCCCACACCACCCCCUGUUCGGAGUCUGUUGGUCUCUUCAAUGGGGAAGACUAUGUUUUCACCUCAAGCAAUAUUGCACUGGUAGAUUUUGCCAAGCUGUUCCUGCGCUAUGGAUGGGAUGUGUACCGCCUUCAGAAGGUGCCAGCUGCUGUUCUCCAGGAUUUUAUUAAGAUCUACAAGUUGCAGCAUGAGGGCCAGGCAUUCAAGGAUGUGGCAUCAUUACUGUUAGCAAUGAGCAAAGAGAUGUUGAGGAUGACACAGAUGUCAACAACUGACUGGUUGAUGGAGCAGGGUUUCAGUCCACUGACCAUCAGUGAGCUGGUGAUGUCAGCACUCCAGUGCAACUAUGGGCAGACUCCAGAGAUGCAUGCUUUUGUUGGACUCAUUGCCUUAGCUGGAGCAGACAGCAACCUCUGGUCAGUAGAGGGUGGCAAUAAACGUGUAGCUGAGGAACUCCUUAAGCACUCCCGUGCCUCACUGCUGAGGCGUCGGGUGGCUCAGGUGGCACAUAGCACUAGCACUCCCAGGAAGUUCAUGGUAUGGUCACAUGAGCCUGAUGAGCCAGUGGAGGCAGAGGCAGCAGCCAUGGGACAAAAAGAUGCAGCACAGGAAACCAAGGAGACUUGGAGGGAACAGGAGUAUGAUGCAGUAAUUCUGGCAACACCACUCACCCAAGACAGCACCAAAAUCCAACUGGUCAACUUUACCCAACAGUUUUCCUUCUCUGGACACUAUGAACCGAUUGAGACCACUAUAGUCAGGGGAGUGGUGAGACCUGAGAGUCUCAUGUUGAAUGAUGAUGAAAUGCUGGAUAACAUUUUAGUCAUUAAUCCCAGACUUAUGUUCAACUCAUUUGGUCGGCAGCAGCCAGUGAAAGGCAGAAAGUGUGACCAGGAGGCAGUUGGGGUGUGGAAAAUAUUCUCCCCCCACAAGAUCCCUGAGGACCUGUUAGAUAUAUUUUUCCAGAGGCGAGAGGUGACUCAUGCAAUAUCUUGGUUAGCAUACCCUCAUUACUCCACAAAUCAGACACUUGGAGACUUUGAACUUGCACCAGGCUUGUACCAUCUUAAUGCCAUAGAGUGGGCUGGGAGUGCCAUGGAAAUGAGUGUCAUAGGGGCAAAGAAUGUGGCACUUUUGGCAUAUAAGCAAUGGAAGAAUGAUCCUGAUGCUGGGAAAAAGCCACCUAUUAAAGAGGAGCUGUAAGAGAGGAGUUAAUGUGGGAUAUGGACAAAAACAUCAUAUUUAUCACAGAAUUAAGAGUUUAUGAAAGCUUUUUGGCACAUUUAGGAGCUUUAUUAACUCAGUUUUGUGUUAUCUUGUUAAUCAGUAUUUGACAGGACUGUAGUGUAUUUGAAAUGCUGUUAUAGUGAAGCUUUGUGGUGGUGUAGUGUAAGGUUAUGGUAUACUUGCAACUUUAGGUGUAGAGAGAAGGGCACAGUAAUGAUGAGAAAUCUUGUGGGGCAUUUUCCUUGUGUGAUGUUCUAGUUACUAUCCCUAAUGUUGGGGUGCUGUAUGAGGUAUUAUUAUUGGUUACUGUAUAGUGUUGCAUUUAUUUUGAACAUUUAUUGAAUGAUGAUCAAUGUGAUGGGAUGCUGGUGUUGUGACUGGCAUUUCCAAUCUGUAAAUAAAAAAGUCUCUAACCUUUGUGCAGUACAGGUUGACCUUCAGUACUCCAGCAGACUCAUUUAAUCUGGUAUACUUUUUGUUGACUAUGUUAUCUAUCUUUUUUAACAUGCCAUGGUUGUGUGAUUAGAUCAGUGUGUGCAGCCACAGAUGGCACUAAAUUAUAGCAUGGGACUGCUCUUGUGUGAAUUUACUACAAUGUCAAAAUUACUCCUGGAAGACACGUUUGCACAUGCAUACUGUUGUGAGAAGAGGGCAUCAAAACAUCUACCAUGUAUUCUAUAUAUUUUACAUAUUAUAUUAGUUAUGUUGGAAAAUUACUGUCACUCAGUUGUUUGUGAAGUAUGUUCAGAUAGAAAUGAAGAAAAAAAAAAAGAGUAAUGAGUGAUAAUAGAGAUCCAAAACAUACUCUGAGUUUUUUUUAAUUUUUUUUCAUAUUUACAGAUUUUAUAUAUUGUCAACAUAUGUAUGGAGUUAUAUUGACAAAUUACUAUUGUUCUGUUCUCUGUGGAAUAUGUUAGGAUAGAAAUGAACAAGUAAACAAGAGUAAUGAACAUUCCUGGUAGUAUUAUCACUAAGGGGAGUGAUUUCAUAGCACACCACCAGUCCAUUCAAGUCCUGCAUUAUGUGUUUGUGUGUGUAACUGGGGCUGAAUAAUUUUUUUUCUUCUGAUUUCUUAUUUCUAACUUUUAUUUCACAUUAGCUAUUGUUUCUAAUAAAAGGAGGAAGUGGUAAUUGUAACACAAAAUGCAUACAACCAUAACAUAAUAACAAUAAAAGAAAAGUGGAAUUGUUUGAAAAGC